AUCCCCAGUUGAGGCUUCAACAGUAUUUGAAAGUUGGCCAAUGACAUGUUACUUACCAAAGUGUACAUCUUGUGAAUAUGUAUGUUUGUCUUUCUCGGAAGAAUAGGAUAACAAUCUGGUUAGUUUAUGAUAACUUGGCUGGCCACGGAGACUACCGAGACCACAUAAUAAAUAGCCUCUUAGCCGAGCGCUUUUUGAACUUUAUAUGUUUGCAUGCCUAACUGUUUACAGAAAGAUACAAGGAAUUUAUAACCUCCCUAUGUACACAGCUGUUCCAGAAUGAGCAACUGCCAGCAUGUGGGAACGACAAGCCACGAAGAAUUAAGACCCAGUUCUUCUGACUGAUGAGCGAUAGAUGAAGAGAGGGAGGGGAAGAUAGAGUGAUAAAGAAGAGAGAGACAAAGGAAGUGCGAGGGAGAAGCGAAGAGAGGGAGAACGAGAUACAGAGUGAGAAAGAGAUUGAUAAAGAGAGAGAGGGAGGAAAGAUACGAGAGAGAGAAAUUAGUGUGAUAUGGGAUGAAGUACAGAGAAAAUGGACUUCCAAAUCCCAUAUAAGGUAUUUCCCAAAAAAAAAGGGAAGGGGGAAAAACAACAAUGAUGCAGGAUAUUCUCACAGGAUGUGUUAGCCCGGGACCAGCGCUAAAAGGUGCGGGGUAGAGUCUGCUGUGUGUGAGAGUGUGUAGGAGUGUGUCAGUGAGGAUGUGAGAGUACCACAGCAGCAGUAGCAUGAGCAGAAGAUUCUGCAUGGGAAAGUAACCAUUUCGAAGAGGUAAACACCAAUGGACGACUUUGGAUAAUAUCUCAUUAUGAUGUGCGUGGUUCCUGUUGCUUGCUGGUUAGGGUGAAUGGUAAGAAUGUAUUGGAAAAUGGUAGAAUGGUCCUCAGCUGUACAACAGAGGGAAGAGGAUAGGAGAAUGAUACACUUAGCAGUGGAGGUUGUGGAGUAGGGGAAGGAAUGUUCUAUGUAAACGUGUAAAGAAGAUAAUGAGAAAAGAGGUGGAUGGGUGUACAGAUUAAUAUAUGAGAGCAAAUGUGUGAAAUGUUUUUGUACUUGCUGGGUAGGAGUGUUAUGUUCUCGUGGGCUAUUGUGGAGUCUUGGAGGAGAGUAUCAUUCACUGAGAAUUUAGAAGGUAUUUUCCUAUGGUACCUGAGUGAUGUGGACAGCAUUGUGUUCAGAGCAAAGUAAAGUCAUGCAAUAAAAGUCUUAAUUUUUGCUGUAGGUACAGUAUGACAGACAUAUCUAUUCAUUUCUACUAUUUGUGGUGAGACAAUAAAGAUGCAUGAUAUGCAAUGUCAGCUCUUCAGCUGUAAGAACCAAAACAAGUCCUUGUUGUUGGUUAAAGACUAUCUUUGUUCCUAUAGUAAUUAACCUUUUAGAUCUCGGCUUGAGGGAUCAGUGGGAGUUUCCUUUUGCGUCACUUAAAACUAAAAACAAGCCUGAGAGGAACAAGUACUAAAUAUAGUAGCAUGGUAGCAUGUUGUAUGUGUCCACUGCAAUUACACUUAUUGAGCAAACCAAUUUUUCUCUUACUCUCAUUCUUUGUAAUAUUGUUUAGUAUUCCAUAUUCUCAUGUAGGGUCAUAUUGUGAUUGAUGAAGUUUGCAAAUGUUAUUGGCGGUCAGUGGACACCAGAGACAUUGAGCACCAUGGCAGCCUACCUCUGGCUGGUCCUGGCCAUCGUCAGUGAUGUUGCAGCAUCCUUGUUACGUCCCCCACGCCAGCUCUCCCCCUGCCAAGUGGUCCAGAAUGACGUGUUCUGUAACGAUCUGAACCUGAGGACCGUUCCAGCCAAGCUUCCUCAUGGCAUUCAAAAGCUCGACCUGUCUCGUAACUUUCUACAAAACCUUACUCAAGAAGUUCUAGCAAUCUACACCACCGUUCAUCAUCUAAACCUCCACUCCAACAAGAUCCAGUUCAUCCAGCCAGGUCUGUUCAAAGACAUGACCAAUCUGCAAGUGCUGGACCUCUCUAGUAAUUACUUGGAUGUUUUUGCUGUUUCGAAAACCAGCAUUGGGCCUCUUACGGCUGUGGAGAGGCUUGACCUCUCAGGCAAUGGCCUGUACACGGGGAUGACCGACUUUUUUCUCAGUGAAGCCCCAGCACUAAUGAACCUUUCUCUGAAUGGCAACAGUAUCACCAAAGUGGGCAAGGAGACCUUUUGCGGAUCUUUGGCCUUAAGAAACAUUGACCUUCACAACAACGUCAUCUUAGAGAUUGAGGACGGAGCAUUUGACUCGUUGCUCCAUCUGUCCGAGCUUGAUUUGUCCAUUAACUCCAUCACUUGCAUCACUGACUUUAACCUUUCCAAACUCAAGGUGCUGAACCUCAGUAAGAACAGCAUGGAGUGCUUCCAAACCACAGAUUCAGACCUAGAGUACGAGCUCCUCUACCUCGACCUGAGGGAAAACAAUAUCCACUACUUCCCCGUUCUCCCCAGAAGGAACAAGCUCAUGUACCUGGACUUGUCCAGGAACCGCCUGCUGAGUGUCAAUACCACAGGAACAGCCGAUGAGCUCGAGCACUUCAGAGACACGUUCGUACCUCACACGCAGUCAGGUGGAAUGAGCAGACACCAGGACUUCUCAAGGCUCAAGUACCUCAACAUGAGCUACAACCAGAUAAAGAGCAUACCGACGUCUUUCUUCUGCAGCAUGGUGUCCCUUGUGCAUCUUAAUGUAAGUAAUAACUGUAUUGGGGCCUUUUCUAUAGACCAGGAGAGCCCUCUGAACUCUCUGAAGACCCUGGACCUGAGUUACAAUGCCCUGCAAAACCUCUCAUUUGGGGAGAACACCCUACGGUCACUGCAGGAACUCUUCUUACAAGGGAACUUCCUCAACAUAAUGGACUCUGGAACGUUCCAAAGACUGCCCAGCAUCAGAGGCCUUCACCUCCAGCAGAAUUAUCUGAAAGUCUGCCCUUUACAGCGAAAAUCACCCCAGACAGACCACAACUCCCAGGAUCCUCCAGCAUGUGUCUCCUUUACAUCAAUACCAAGCCUGCACUUGUUGUACAUUUCUGGAAACAAUCUUGAGGUUCUGCCACCAUAUGCCUUCAAUGGCACCCCACUCAGGUUGCUGGACUUGUCCCUAAACCCAGGCUUGGACAUUCACCAGAAUGCUUUCUCUAGUCUGGAGACCUCCCUAACUAAUCUCUCACUGAGAGAAAACCACAUCCCAGAAUUGAACACUGACCUUUCCCUGCUAAGUAGUCUGAAAUUUGUGGACCUGUCCACCAACAAGCUGACCACUCUCCCCCUUUGGAACAAGGUGUCCUCCAUCGAGUCCCUGAACCUGCAGAACAACAACCUGGUGACCCUGGAGUACAACACAGUCCUGGUCCUGGAGCGGACGCUCAAAACCCUCUAUAUGGGCUCGAACCCUCUCAGUUGCUGCAGCAACCCCCGCUUCCUCAACAUGCUCCAGCACUCCGAUGUGGUCAUCCCGGACAUCGCGACAGUAACCUGCCAGUACACAGAGAACUCGGAGCCAGUGGAGGUGAAUGUUGGGAGUGUGAAGCAAGAGCAGUGUCAGAAGCUGGACAGUAAGAGCGUGAGCAUUAUCGUCAUCGUGGUGACAGCUUUGGUGCUGAUUGCGGUGCUGGUGGUGCUCUCCAAGGUGUGCCAUCCCAAAAGGCGCAAGCUCAACAUCAGCUUCAGGGCCUAAAAAAGGUGUCCUGUGAUUGAGGACAAAGAGAUGCUGGACAUGUCUCCUCGCAGAGACUACUAGGCUGAGAAAACCAGAGCUUGUUGGUGCCUUUCAAUGUGAAGUGUGCACUAUUUCCAAAUUGUAUCUCAUUUUUGGAGGGAAUGUGUUGAGUUCUGGAACAUGGGAGCCAAGUCUUGAAGGAAAUGGCUCCAUUAGAUAUUUUAGCUCACCUGUGAAGUUAAAGAAAAAUAACAAUUACCACAACAAUAGGACUUUAUUGGAGUGAGGAAAACUAUGUCAAUGACAGUACAGAUUUGAUCAACCAGGAAGCACAGUGACUCAUUUGGGGUCAGAUUGGUGACAUGUUGUGGCUUAUAGAAGUUGCAUAAAUUGAAAGUGUUGUUCUCUUCUUUUCUUCUUCUAGUUAAUAACAUACAGUUAUGUGAAACACAAGAGGGUGAAUGUGGUCACUUUUUAUAUCAUUAUCAUGUGCACAUACAGUAUAUAGAAAUGUAGCCAUUUCCACCUGGGAAAAAUAUUUAAAUGACUGCACAGGGUCAUCUGAUAUGCAUUAGAUUUGCUGGGCCAAACCUACGGCCAUACACCAACACCUCUCUUUCUCAAUGCAGUAGUUUGCACUUUAAUUGUAUUGUAUUUGUAUUUUAUUAUUAUUAACCUGCUUUUGACUAAGGUAUUUUCGUUAUAUAGACUAAAUUACACUAAGUGGGGAGCACAUAAUGCAAACAUGCCCAUCAGUGCCAUGUAAUGGCAGAGUGGAGAGCUCUCUUCAAUUAAUCUCAAUAUCAGCACAUCAUUAUGAAACCACAGGGUGUGAAGGUCAUGGCUGCAGUUCUUUAGAAUAGAUGACUGUGACACUACUUUAGUAUUCAAUCAGUGUUUUGUAGAAUUUACAGAUCCUAUUUGUGGGACAUGAAUAGGAUGUACUGUAUAGACGUGAAUCAUUUCUCCUCCUGUGGGUAAUUCCUAUAGGAGGAGUUGCAGUGAAUAUUAAUUUCGUAGCUGUAUUUUUGUAUUUUCACUGGUAGAGAUAGGGGUGUUAUGGGGGAACCAAAACAGGAUUGAAGCAAUAACUCCAAAGGAAGCAGUACUGUCGGAACACCGACAGAAAAUAAUGUAGCUUGUUUUCACAGCUUGUAGGGCACUGCAGAUACCUUUCCUGUUAUUGAUAAACUCACUCUUGCAAAAGCCCAUACUAAAUAAUAAUUUGCAAUUUCACAAUGCUGGGUUUCCCUUGCUACGGGCAUUAGUCGAAAAUACAUUUUCCCCAGAAAUCCUCUCUGGUUGUUACCAUACAUAGAGAGGCUGUCAAGUCAAAUUACCGGUUUGAUAAGUUAAAUGAUACAGUGGAUUAGUGAGGCUUUAACAGAAAGGAGGACUUGUUUUGUUUUACUGAAACAAAAGCCUUGUUUAAUGCAUUCUAAUCUGGCCCUUGGCUCGAGGUUUUCUCCCUAUGUCGGUUGAAUGACAGAGCAGAGUGAGAGGAGCAAACAUCAACCCCACGCUUUCGACACAGGGAAUUUGGAUAGGCUUGGUCUCUUAAUCAUCGUUGCAGUGAACUCAUGCCAGACUGAAAUCCUUGACUGCGUAACAUUCAGGUUUUUCCACCAGCAUCUCCAUGAUCAACUUCAUAUCAAUCAAAAUCACGUAAUUGCAUGGAUUUGAGACAAUCAAUGUCAUUUUGAAGAAAGAUUGCUUUGUUAUUCACAGGGAAGCUAUCCAUGUUGCAUUUGUUCUCGCAGAGAUCUUGGCCUCUUUAUCUGCGUAGGCCUUGCCCACAAGACCAAUCAUGAACACUAGAGAUUCCCCAGACUAGAAUUGUCCUAAGCCUUACGCAAAUGGAACACUUGCCCCAACAGGUCAGUGAUGUAACAAAGCAAAGUAACAAAGCAGUGACAAAGUGACAACCAAGGACAGACCAAACUGUGUAGAGAGUUCAUUGCAUGAUGUGUUUGCUUUCUGCCUUUUACAUAGGGCAUUGUUGCAUACAUACUGAAAUCAUUAUUAUAGUGUAUUUCUAAGUUGGAUGUGAUAGAAGGAAGGAUAUGGUUCCUUACUUAUUUUCUUGUUAAUGGUAGGACUAUUUUAAACAAGAAAAACAAGCCAAGGGAAAUACUUGGUGAGGGAAAUAUGACCUGAACCAUAUUUAUAGAUAUUUGUUCCAGAGAUAGCACUACAAGAAGAGUUAUAUCCUGUUUCUCACUGUUCAUGCAGAGUCACAGUACUGCAUUUGGGGUAACCCUCUUGCUGCUUUUGCUCGCUCACAUGACUGAACUUCAAGUGAAACCGUCAAAGGUCAAACUAAUGUAUAUGACAAAAGAAGUAAUCUGCUGCUUGAAGUGACAUCCACCACAGACAACAGUCAGUGAUCAACAUUUUACAUAAAUUGACAAUAAUAUAAUGUCAUGAAUAUCUUAAGCCACACGUGUGUGUAGCAAAAUGCUAGACUGGCGGUUCAGUUUGGAUGCUAUGCUUAUACAGGCUAAUUAAAGAUAUGGCUGUGUAUGUUUUGCUUAAUAAAGAAAGGAUAUUAGCAUAAAUGGAGAAUGGUUAUGAUGGUGUUAUGUCACUUUCAUGACAAUGUUACAUACAGUUUAAUGCAAUGUUAAAUUGAAGUUGCACCCUUGCUUCUGUUUUAUCUAUCCACUGUGUUUUACAUGUACAGCAUAUGAAGGAUAUUACAAUGAAUCUAUUUUGAACUACUGUAAAAAUAUAUAUUUAUAUUGUUUUGUAUUUUCUUAAGUAAAUGAUCUGUGAAACAGAA